CAAGAUGGAGCCCGUUCCACAGAGAGAUCCAGACGAAGAAUCGCUAACAGCGAAUGAAGAUGAUCAGCCAGCCACAGCUGACAAAGGCUGUUGUUCCUGCUCUCCACAAAGGCUGGUAUGCAUCAGUCAUACGUUUUCUGCUUGG